CUCUCUAUCCCACUGUCUGGAAGCAAAAGGAAACUUGUUUUGUUUUUUCCUUUCAACUUUUUUUCGUGGAAAACUUCCCCCCCCCCCUGUUUUGCCACAAACUUAAGCCUGAGGAUUUGUACCACUGCCGCAAGCAUAAACCUGGGGAUUUAAACGCAUUGGCAUCCCUAUGUAGCAUCAGAAUAAAACAUGUAGGUUUGGGAAGCUGCAUAACUCUACGUGUACUGCAGUAGGUAACUUGGAUAAUACAAGGAAUUGCUUUAUUGCUAUAGAGAAUACAGACCAAAAUGACAGAAGAAAAUAAAGCUGAGAGUAAAGGAGAGAGUGGGAAGGAUCUGGAGAGGCAGCUGCGCCUCAGAGUGUGCGUCCUGAGUGAGCUUUUGAAGACUGAGAGAGACUAUGUGGGGACCUUGGAGUUUCUUGUGUCGGCUUUUUUUCAUCGAAUGAUGCAGUAUGCUGCUUCAAAAGCUGAUAAAAACGUAUCAGAGGAGACCGUUAAGAUGCUAUUCUCUAACAUUGAAGACAUUCUUGUCGUGCAUAAAGAUUUCCUGUCAACGAUUGAAGGUUGCUUGCUGCCUGAACCCAACGCGCAUCAGGAAGUGGGAGCCUGUUUUCUGCGUUUUAAAGACCGUUUUGGAAUUUAUGAUGAAUAUUGCAGUAAUCAUGAAAAGGCACAAAAACUUCUGCUUGAACUUAACAAAAUCAGAACAGUGAGAACAUUUUUACUGAAUUGUAUGUUACUGGGAGGAAGAAAGAACACGGAUGUGCCUCUGGAAGGUUAUCUAGUAGCGCCAAUCCAGAGAAUUUGCAAGUACCCACUUCUAUUGAGAGAAUUACUAAAAAGGACUCCAAAGAAGCACAGUGAAUAUGCACAUGUUAUGGAAGCUCUCCAAGCAAUGAAAGCUGUGUGCUCGAAUAUUAAUGAAGCCAAGAGGCAGAUGGAAAAAUUAGAAGUCUUGGAAGAGUGGCAGUCCCACAUAGACGCAUGGGAGGGUUCCAGCAUAACCGAUACUUGCUCUGAGAUGCUAAUCCAUGGAGUGCUGCUAAAAAUCUCAUCGGGAAAUAUUCAAGAGAGAGUUUUCUUUCUCUUUGACAAUCUUCUAGUGUACUGUAAAAGAAAACACAGACGUUUGAAAAACAACAAAGCAUCCACAGAUGGGAUUCGUUAUAUUUUUCGAGGUCGAAUCAACACAGAGGUCAUGGAGGUUGAAAAUGUUGAUGAUGGAACAGCCGAUUUCCACAGCAAUGGUAAUACAGUAGUCAAUGGCUGGAAAAUUCAUAACACAGCCAAGAACAAGUGGUUUGUCUGUAUGGCAAAAACAUCGGAGGAUAAACAGGAGUGGCUGGAAGCAAUCUUAAAAGAGAGAGAAAGAAGAAAAAGCUUGACAUUGGGCAUGGAACAGGACACCUGGAUGAUGAUAUCAGAACAAGGAGAGAGACUUUAUAAAAUGAUGUGUAAAGAAGGAAAUCUAAUCAAAGACCGAAAAAAGAAACUCACUACAUUUCCAAAAUGUUUUCUUGGCAGUGAAUUUGUAGACUGGUUACUGGAAAUUGGAGAAAUUCAUAAACCUGAAGAAGGUGUUAAUCUUGGCCAAGCUUUAUUGGAGAACGGCAUUAUCCAUCAUGUUACAGAUAAGCACCAAUUUAAAUCAGAGCUAUUGCUAUAUAGGUUUCGAUAUGAUGAUGGUACAUUCUAUCCGAGAAAUGAAAUGCAGGAAGUGAUAUCCAAGGGUGUAAGAUUGUACUGCCGUCUUCAUAGUCUUUUUACGCCUGUAAUAAGAGAUAAAGACUACCAUCUGAGAACGUAUAAAUCAGUAGUAAUGGCAAACAAACUAAUAGACUGGCUAAUUGCCCAGGGUGACUGUCGGACAAGGGAGGAAGCAAUUAUUUUUGGAGUAGCGCUAUGUGACAAUGGAUUUAUGCACCAUGUACUGGAAAAAAGUGAAUUCAAAGAUGAGCCACUUCUGUUUCGCUUCUUUUCUGACGAAGAAAUGGAAGGCUCAAAUAUGAAGCAUAGACUCAUGAAGCAUGAUCUGAAAAUUGUUGAUAAUAUUAUUGCAAAGUCUUUAUUGAUAAAAGCUAAUGGAGGGAGCUAUGGUUUUGCUCUGGAAGAUAAAAAUAAGGUGCCAAUUGUAAAAUUCCUUGAGCGAUGUUCUAAUGCAGAGUUGUCAGGAAUGGAAGUUGGGAAAAAAAUCUACGCUGUAAACGGUGACCUAGUUUUCUUGAGACCGUUUAAUGAAGUGGAUUGUUUCUUGAAAUCUUGCUUGAGCAACAGAAAACCUCUGAGGAUUCUCAUGAGCACAAAACCCCGGGAGACAGUGAAAAUCCCAGAUUCAGCAGAAGGUCUUGGCUUCCAGAUAAGGGGCUUUGGUCCAUCAGUGGUUCAUGCUGUGGGGAGAGGAACUGUAGCAGCUGUUGCUGGCCUUCACCCCGGGCAAUGCAUCAUCAAAGUGAAUGGAAUUAAUGUGAGCAAGGAGAGCCAUGCAAGUGUCAUAGCUCAUGUCACCGCCUGCAGGAAGUACAGACGCCAAGUGCAGCAAGAUUCAAUACAGUGGAUAUAUGAUAGCAUUGAGAGUGCUAAAGAAGACAUAUUGAAAACAACACACAGCAAAUCUUCAGGAGACAAUGAAGGAGAUGGCUUUGACUGUAAAGUGGAAGAGGUUAUCGAUAAGUUCAGUACCAUGGCCAUUAUUGAUGGCAAGAAGGAUCACGUUAGCCUGACUGUUGAUAACGUUCAUCUGGAAUAUGGAGUUGUCUAUGAAUACGACAGCACUGCAGGAAUCAAGUGCCAUGUCAUAGAGAAGAUGGUUGAGCCAAAAGGUUUCUUUAGCUUGAGCUCUAAGAUCGUAGAAGCUCUCGCUAAAAGCGAUGAACUGUUUGUUCAGAACUGCAACAACUUGAAUUCCUUGCAUGAAGUGAUUCCUACAGAGCUGCAGAGUAAAUUCAGUGUCAUUUGCAGAGAGAAAAUUGAGCACAUCUACAGACGGAUCACUAGUUACAGGAAGUUUUCAAGAGUGCUUAAAAACAGAGCCUGGCCUACUUUCAAGCAAGCAAAGUCAAAAAUAUCUCCCCUGCACAGCAGUGACUUCUGUCCAACAAACUGCCAUUUAAACAUCAUGGAGGUCUCAUACCCCAAAACACUUACUUCUCUUGGAAGUGCCUUUGGAGUUCAACUGGACAGCCGAAAAAAUGCAUCACAUGACAAAGAAAAUAAAAGCACAGAGCAAGGUAAACUGAAUCCAAUGGUUUAUGUACAACAUACUAUAACAACAAUGGCCGCCCCAUCAGGGCAUUCUCUAGGUCAAAGAGAUGGUCAUGGUCUACGAUAUCUACUUAAGGAUGAAGAUUUGGAAACCCAGGACAUUUACCAGAAAUUGUUAAACAAACUCCAUUCAGCUUUGGCUGAGGUCGAAGCUUGUGUGUCUAAGAUUGAUGACCUCUUGUCUUCAAUAACAUGUUCACCAAAACCGGACCGCAGAGCAGACACUUUAAUAGCUUGUGAUAGCGACAAUGAUAAGGCGGAGAAAAAUGGGAAAAGAGUCUGUUUUAAUGUAGCAGGAGAUGAACAGGAGGAUUCUGGUCAUGACACCAUCAGCAACCGAGAUUCCUACAGUGACUGCAAUAGCAAUAGAAACUCUAUUGCCUCCUUCACCAGCGUCUGCAGUAGCCAGUGUAGCUCGUACAUGCAUAGUGACGACAUGGAUUCUGGUGAUGAACUUCCCUUGAGUGUUCGAAUGUCACAUGAAAAGCAAGACAAGUUACACAGUUGCUUAGAGCAUCUAUUCAAUCAGGUUGAGUCCAUUACCGGUCUACUAAGAGGUCCAGCAAUUGCAAGGGUUUUUGAUCAGACAAAAUAUUUCACACCUGGUCGAAGUUUACAAGAAUUUCAACAAGAAAUGGAACCUAAAUUAAGCUGUCCAAAAAGGCUGCGACUUCAUAUAAAACAAGACCCUUGGAAUCUUCCAAAUAGUGUCCGCAUCCUAGCACAGAAUUUAAAAAAGUUCUCAGAAGAAGUGAAAUCCCGGAUCCUUUUAGCUUUACUUGAAUACACAGACACAGAAGUCCAGCUAAGACGAGAUAUGGUGUUUAGCCAAAGCUUAGUGGCCACAGUCUGUACUUUCUCUGAACAACUUAUGGCAGCACUAAAUCAUAUGUUUGACAGCAAUAAAGAAUAUGAAAUGGAUACCUGCGAGGCCAGCAAAAGAUGGUUGGAACAAAUAGCAACCGCUGGUAUUCUUUUUCACUUCCAGUCUCUCCUGUCUCCAAAUCUGACUGAUGAACAGUCUAUGCUGGAAGAUACACUUGUUGCUUUGAUAGACUUGGAAAAGGUUAUGUUUUACUUCAGGGAAGCUGAGCAGGGGCCCCUGGUUGCAAAUGUUCCUAUAACUUAUCAUGCAGAAGGCAGCCGACAAGCCUUAAAAAUCUACUUCUACAUUGAUAGUUACUAUUUUGAGCAUCUUCCACAAAGGUUAAAGAAUGGAGGAGGAUUUAAGAUUCAACCAGUGCUUUUUUCGCAAGCUAUGGAGAGCAUGGAUGGAUAUUACUACAAGGACAACGUUUCAAUUGAAGAGUUUCAAGCUCAAAUUAAUGCAGCUUCACUGGAGAAAGUGAAACAGUAUAAUCAGAAACUCAGGGCAUUUUAUUUGGACAAGACGAAUCUGCCUCCAAAUACAACAUCUAAAGCAGCGUUCAUUGAUAAGCUAAUGAGGCCACUCAAUGCUUUGGAUGAAUUAUAUCGGCUGGUAGACUGUUUUAUUCAUUCCAAUCGAACAGCAGCUUGUGCAAACACAGCUUGUGGUGCCUCAGGAGUUGGAUUACUCUCUGUGACUUCAGAACUUUGCAACCGACUAGGAGCGUGUCACAUCAUCAUGUGCAAUAGCGGAGUGCAUCGCUCCACGCUGAGCGUAACCCUUGAACAGGCUAUAAUUCUUGCACGGAGCCAUGGACUGCCGCCUCGUUACAUCAUGCAAGCAACAGACGUGAUGAGGAAACAGGGAGCAAGAGUUCAAAAUACAGCCAAGAAUCUUGGUGUGAGGGAUAGAACUCCACCAUCUGCUCCAAGAUUAUACAAACUAUGUCAGCCACCACCAGCUGAUGGAGAACCAUGAAUACAUGUGCCAGAGAAGCAGGGAAUUUCCUCCAGAAUGUUGAAGAAUAAGAUUCAGUAUACUGAUAUAUAUAAUCUCAUGAACACAAAAGGAAUAAUGACAAAAUGUUAUUUUUUUAUCAUAAUCUGUACAGAAUUUUGUAAGAAAAUGGCAAGUAUAGAUUUAUACACUGGAAUUAGAAAUAAAUAAAUAAGCACUUAACAUUGGAAAUAUGCAAUGACACCCAAGAGUAUAACACAUAAUCAGAAGUAAAGUAUCAUACACUAAAGCAGAAAAAUCUUUAUUGCAUUUUUCUAUUUUUUAUAUAACCUUAAAAAAAUAAUACUGUUAGUUGAUUUUCCUUGGAAUGGAGUAUGUAUAUAUAUAUAUAUAUAUAUAUAUAGUUUCUCACAAAAGUGAGUACACCCCUCACAUUUUUGUAAAUAU